AUGUUCGAGAGAAAGCAGACAAAGCCAAAAAUGCUAAACGGUACAGUUAUCCUAGGUGAAAUAUCAUUAAAUUUCCUUCAAAACAGUUUUACAACUGACCAUACAAGUAAAAAGGGGAAUAAUUUGGAACAGAUCAAACAUCAAAAAUUUUAUGACGCGCUAGAGGAGGAUGUUUCUGAUGAAGGCUCUGAAUUGAGUUCCGAUUAUGGGUCAGUUGAAAUAAAUGGUCCUGGCGUAACGAUGGCAACAAAUAAACUAGCCUCAGAUUCUAUGGAAUCCUUGUUUAUUGGAAAUCUUCAUAAAAAUGUAACUGAGGAAUUGUUAAGGGGAGUCUUUGGAGUUUAUCCGGGGUUUAUUUCUGCCAAAAUAUGUUACAAUGCUAUUACCAAAAAAUCUUUGGGACACGGAUAUCUAAACUUUUCAAAUAAGAUAGAUGCGAUCCGUGCCACAAAAGAUUUAAACUACUGCAAUAUUUUAUCAUCAGAAAUCAGGCUGAUGCCCUCGAUGAGAAAUGCGGCUUACAGAAAACAGAUCGGUACCAACGUUUUCAUGUCGAACCUUCCUUUGGAUAUUCCAUUUUUAACGACCCGUUUCUUCUAUGUGUAUUUCAGUGGGUUUGGUGAAGUCCUCUCCUGUAAAUUGGUUGAAGAGAAGGGGAUUGGAUUUAUUUAUUUUGAAAGCAAUACAGUUGCCAACUAUGUGGUUAAUCUAUUCAAUGGGUCACUUCUUUACGGAAAGCAGGUAUUCUGUUCAAUCCACAAAUCAAAAGAGGAGCGCUCGUUAGACGAGAACAAAGUAAAUCAAGAAGUUAUGACUCCACUUGAACCAAAAGUACACCAGCAGCGACAACAAACCUCUCCAGAUAAAAGUGUCCGUCUAUUCAAUUUGAAUCUAAUGUGCAAAAAGAAAUUCAUAAAGCAUGUUCUUCAGCAGCAUGCUUUAGAAUUUCAUUGCAUUGAGCAAGUGUCUUUUGAUUCAACUUCUGAGACUCUCUCUAUGGUGAUAAAGGCGAAAAAUGCAUCACAGGCAAGGAAGAUAUAUAGAUUCUUCAACGGGAAGUUGUUAUGUGGAUCUAUAGUAAGUGCCGACCUAGAAUAA